GUCGUGUUCAAAAGUAUGGCCGAGACUCGUCGGCAUGUGAUCUGCCGCAACGAUUUCUCUUCUCUCCGGAUUGUUUGCGUUUGGUGAAGCUCGAUUUCGGUGAGAGGAGGAGGCGGAAGAGGAGUAGAAGAAGAAGAGAAGCAAUCUCCUCCUUCAAAAAUUUCUCCCCGAUUUGAGGUUUUCAUUUUGCGGUAAUUGAGCCCCAGAAUCUUUGGUUAAGCCUUAGAGGAAGACUUGUAGAGCUCAUAGAGAGAUAAUUAUGGCGGCAGCUGCAGGGAUGGCGAAGCUGCUGCCAUCUCCUGCCCUCGGCCUUACGAAAGAAUUGACUGGGUUAAGGCUCUCAUCCUCGCGUGCAAGCCCUCGCAGCAUUUCUGCAACCCAUGUUGUGAGAGCAACUUUGAACACUCAGGAGAAUGACAGUACCGGCGAGCUGAUUGUUCAGAAUAGGAGAGCUUUGAUGAAGGGAGGACUUGCAGCUAUGGGACUAUUCCUCCCUUCGUUAAAGAUGCAAUCCGCCAAAGCUGCAGACGAAUCUGAAGGUGUCGCAUCCUCCCGCAUGUCUUACUCACGAUUUUUAGAGUAUCUUGACCAAGGGCGUGUGAAGAAAGUAGAUCUGUACGAGAAUGGCACCAUAGCCAUUGUGGAGACUGUCUCUCCCGAGCUUGGCAACCGCGUGCAACGGGUUAGGGUUCAGCUCCCUGGCACAAGCCAAGAGCUCUUGUCAAGAUUCCGAGCUAAAAACAUUGAUUUCGCAGCCCACAAUCCUCAGGAGGAUCCCGGAAACGUGUUCUUCAACAUUUUGGGCAACUUGGCAUUCCCCCUUAUUCUGGUCGGCACCUUAUUUUUCCUCAACAGGAACCAAGGGGGACUUGGUGGACCUGGUGGGCCAGGUAAUCCCCUUGCUUUUGGGAAAUCCAAGGCCAAGUUUCAAAUGGAGCCCAAUACAGGGAUCACUUUCAAGGAUGUAGCAGGUGUGGAUGAAGCGAAGCAAGACUUUGUGGAAGUGGUGGAUUUUCUUAAGAGACCGGAGCGGUUCACCUCUGUUGGUGCAAGAAUCCCUAAGGGAGUGUUGCUUGUUGGCCCUCCUGGAACAGGAAAAACUCUCUUGGCCAAGGCCAUUGCUGGAGAGGCGGGAGUUCCAUUUUUCUCAAUCUCAGGUUCUGAAUUCGUCGAGAUGUUCGUGGGAGUUGGUGCAUCGCGAGUACGUGACCUCUUCAAGAAAGCCAAAGAGAAUGCUCCUUGUAUUGUCUUUGUGGACGAGAUCGAUGCUGUCGGACGGCAAAGGGGUACUGGCAUUGGUGGUGGCAACGAUGAACGAGAACAAACCUUGAACCAGCUCCUGACAGAAAUGGAUGGAUUUGAGGGCAACACAGGUGUUAUAGUUAUUGCUGCUACCAACAGAGCUGAUAUCCUUGAUGCUGCUUUAUUGCGACCCGGUCGCUUUGAUCGUCAGGUUACGGUGGAUGUGCCUGACGUGAGAGGGAGGACCGAAAUCUUGAAAGUACAUGCGAGUAACAAGAAGUUCGAUGAUGAUGUGUCGCUUGACAUUAUUGCCAUGCGCACUCCAGGGUUUAGUGGAGCCGAUCUCGCUAAUCUCUUGAAUGAGGCAGCAAUAUUGACUGGAAGAAGAGGAAAGACAGCUAUUUCUGCCAAGGAGAUCGAUGAUUCCAUUGAUAGAAUCGUGGCUGGUAUGGAGGGGACAGUCAUGACCGAUGGCAAAGCAAAGAGUCUUGUCGCAUAUCAUGAAGUUGGCCAUGCUAUUUGCGGGACCUUGACACCAGGCCAUGAUGCAGUGCAAAAGGUUACCCUGAUUCCUAGGGGUCAAGCUCGUGGUCUCACCUGGUUCAUUCCAGGCGAGGACCCCACCCUCAUCACCAAGCAGCAAAUCUUUGCUCGCAUAGUUGGGGCUCUUGGUGGACGCGCUGCAGAAGAAGUCAUCUUCGGUGACGCUGAAGUAACAACUGGCGCUUCCAGUGAUUUGCAACAAGUGUCUUCCAUGGCGAAGCAGAUGGUCACAGUCUACGGCAUGUCCGACAUCGGCCCGUGGGCACUUAUGGACCCAUCUGCCCAAGGUGGAGAUAUGAUCAUGCGCAUGAUGGCUCGCAACCAGAUGUCUGAGAAGCUGGCCGAGGAUAUCGACCGAGCUGUGAAGAGAAUUUCUGACGAAGCCUACAACGUUGCUCUCAAGCACAUUAGGGAAAACCGAGUAGCAAUGGACAAGAUUGUGGAGAUCCUUCUGGAGAAGGAGACAAUCAGUGGCGAUGAGUUCCGAGCUAUCUUGUCUGAAUAUACUGAGAUUCCGUCCAGCAACUCGUCUAAAGAUAACCAGUCAGAGCCUGUGGCUGUUUGAAGUUAAAUUAACUUCACGAAAGUGUUGAGACUUUAGAUUCUAAUGUGAUGACCUGCGGUUUGAUCAUUCCUAGAAUACUUUAUAGUUGAGGGGUUAGCCUUCCUUUUGUGCCAUCACAUUUGACUUACUGCUGCAAGAGCGUUUGAGAUGUACUGUUUAAGAUGUAAUGAAAUAUGAAUUCUUUGCACACCA